AACUUUUUUGUGUUGUUGACAAGAUGCUGAUUCUCUGUUGAGGACUUGAAAUCAGCUGACAACAGUUAUAGUUCUGUUGUACAUAUUUUAGCCACGUUUAACAGGAACUAAAUGAAUGCAAACGCACACAUAAUUAAUUGCAUAUAAAUGCUGUAGCUAGCGUUUAGCUCCUCGAAAAUAUAUUAAAGGAACUAUAUACUUGCAUGCAAUCGCCUUCUAACAAACUGCUAAACAAAGGAUUUUACGUGUUGUCGAAGUUAUAACUUCGCUGUUGUGUACACGCGCGACUAUGGACAAGAUAGCCAAAGAUGUUGGCGAUAUUCAGUCCAGGCUAAUGGACCAUAGACCUGUCGUACAAGGGGAGAUCCGCUACUUUGUGAGAGAAUUUGAAGAAAAACGUGGGUUCCGAGAGAGCCGUUUGCUUGACAGCCUGAACAGAAUGGUGUUGGAGAUAAACGAGCAGGCUUUGCCCAGGUGUACUGAGCACAUGCACGAACACCUUUGCGAAGCCCUCGCGCGACUGGAAGCUGCAAAUCAUAUGUCACAGAGGAUCCAGCAGAGGGAGCUAGAUGCACAUCAGAGUGCCCAGAUGCAGGCGACCAUGGAGAGGCGCACGGAGGACUGGGAGGAGUUUCUGAAGGAGCAGCAUCGGCUGAAGGAGGAGGUGGAUGAGGAGCAUGCUAAGGCCGUUGGACGCCUCACCACCAUGUACAGCGAGAUGAAGAACGACCUGGCCAAGUUGUCCCGCUUCUAAUUGUGUGUGUGUGUAUAUAUGUAUGUAAACCAGUGUGUAUCUGUGUGCGUGUGAAAUUAAGUUGUUGCCUUAAAUUGAUGGCACUAACAGAAGACCUCUAAGGACUAAUGCUUCAUACACUGUAAGUCAACAUUCUCCAGAUCAGAAAUAUGAAGUGUAGUUAACAACAUUGCAUUUUCACAGCUCAUCAAAAUCCUCUCUAAAAGCAGAAAAUGUUAUAUUUAUGUACAUUUAUGAAAAACCUACAAACUUGUAAGAUUUUUCCUUGGCUAUUAAUAUAUGUAUAUCUUUUUUUUUUUUUAUGGAAUCAUGCCUGUGUAAAUAGAUGUAUCCCUUCCGCUGAACAAGAAAAUAAAAUGGACUUUAAAUGAAAAUAAAAUGUCCUAGGCAUAGCA